AUGGCUAGAAAAUGUACUAUAUGCUGUGAAGCUUGUCGUUCCAACAAAAAAACGCCGCGCCGAGCGACCAGAACAAAUCCCUAUGAGGCUCUUGGCAACUUUCUGCCCGCCGGGACUCUCAGCUUGCAACUCAUCACUACUGAUCUUCCAUGCCAACACUGCCACUCUGAGGAUGGUUGGCACAAAUUCCCGGGGUAUGCUGCCUUAAGCCCCCUCGUCUCGGCGGAGGAGGAACCUAUCAUUCAACAGCUGGAUUUCUUGAUCGCGAAUCAUUUCAUUGCUGCUACGUGCUUUUCUACGAGCUCCUCUUCAGGUCCUCUCGCUCCCCUUCUGCUGAGGAUAUAUCUCAUACCAUGGGAUCUUGCGGGCGUACAGGGUGCACUCCGUGUGCGCGCAGAGGGCACAAUAACAGGUCCUGCGAGACACUAUAUGCGUCUACUUUUGCCGCAAAUCAGGCAAGACGAUCGUGAGUGGGAAGGCGGCUUUGUUGUGUCCGACGAUAGUAAGAAGAGAUUUUUCUGCGAUAUUGACAAUCGCAGAAUGACGGAGAUCUAUGGCGACUUACCAUCUCCCAAGCCCUCCGCUACAUACGACGUUCUUCGCAAUAUUCAAGGUAUGAAGAGCAAUCUUUACCGCUAUCAACGGAGAUCCGUAUCUACUAUGCUGUCGCGCGAGCUCUCUCCUGGCGCCAUGCCUGAUCCCCUGCAUAUUAAGCUCACGGGUAUUGACGGCUUGGUUUUCUUCCUGCAACCGGCGUCGAUGGAGAUUUUGCAAGAAUGCCCGAUGGUGUCACAGGCUCGUGGUGGUAUAUUGUGCGAAGAGUUAGGCACCGGAAAAACGGUGAUGAUGCUCGCCCUCAUCUUGGCGACCCUUGAUCAAAUCUCGAGUCCAGAAGAGGCUGUUUACGAUCCCCGCCCAGUUUUGACGCCUCUCUCCUACCGUCACUUCCCGACCGCAGAGCCUGCCACCUCUCGCAGACGGAUGGCUCAGGGUGGCAAUACAAAGCGCUCAGAUCAUGAAUCACCGACUCGCAUCCCGUCCCUGGUCGAGUUUUUAUUGCACUAUUGCCGUACGCGCCCUGACGGGCUUCAUCUACGUGAUUAUCAAGACCGUCUUGAGCAACAACGUCUGUGGAAGCCACUCAUGCAUAAUAACCCGUUUUACCAUCAUUAUAACUCACUUAAUCCGGAGGUGAUCCGUUCCAAUCGUCGACAGAUAAAUCCAGGCCCGAAGGUGAUGUACCUCAGUAGUGCUACAUUGGUGGUUGUGCCCAUGAAUCUGUUCAAUCAAUGGAAAAAUGAGAUAAUGAAACACUGCCAUGACACCCUGCGUGUCCUGGAGGCGAGAACUGGUGUAGCUUUACCGUCUGCCCAACAGCUGGCAACGAAGUAUGAUCUUAUUUUGAUGACCUAUGAACGUGAGCCCCCACGCAUAUCCACCGAUAUAGCUUUCGUAGCGGCGUAUUUAGGUCUGUCGCGAGAAUCGACGAAAAACAAAGUUGACAAAUUACAUACAUGGACAACGUGUACUUGCCACUCCAGCAAGGGUAUCCGUAUCCCAAAUUGCUCGUGUAAGGCUCGGGAACGUGUUGAUGGGGUCUCUCCUCUCCUCCAGAUCCGAUGGAAGCGACUAGUGAUCGAUGAGGGGCAUAUCUCCGCGUCGUUGUCCACAAAUCUCACACCUUUCACGAAACAGCUCAGUAUCGAACGCAAGUGGAUUGUGACAGGCACACCUACAACGAACCUGUUGGGUCUUCACUUUGGGCAAGGAAGUGAACUGCAGUAUCCGGAAGACUUACAUGAAGAGAAAGAGUCCAGUCCUGAAAGCAGCUUGGCCACCAAUAGCGUCGGGCGGCAGUGGACGUCGGAUGAUCGAGAUGACUUGGGCAAGCUAUCGAAGAUGAUCACCCACUUUCUCGGUAUGCCACAAUUUGCGGGUGACCAGCGUGCCUUCGACACGUGGGUAUCCCAUCCACUCCUCGAGAGCCCGUGUCCCAGGCCAGGUGCCAUCCAAGUUCUCACGCAGGUGAUGAGUAGUGUUAUGAUUCGUCAUCGCAUCGAGGACCUCGAGGACGAGGUGCUCUUGCCUCUUCUACAACAUGAUACGGUCUUGCUCGACUUGGACCCAUUCGCCCUCAAGUCGUAUAACAUUAUGCAAGCCAUGAUUGUGGUCAACGCUGUUGACUCAGAACGCAAAGACCAGGAUUACUUCUUUCACCCGACGCAACAAGCAGCAUUAAGACAGCUUGUGGACAACAUGUCCCAGUCAGUGAUCGCAGUCAUGUUUUGGCGCGUUGACGAGGAGAUGCGCAUCGCUGCAGACAUUCUCAUUAAAGAAUGCGAUGACCAUAUCCAACGUGCACACAAACGUGGAAUUUCCCAACAGGACUUGUCACUACUGGAAGAAGCGGUCCAGCAUGCACGAUCCGUCGCGGAUGACUACGUGUGGCGGGGAAUGCAAAAGCAUAUUUACGUCUUCCAUCGAACUCACGCGAUUUCCACCGAAAUCUACCAGGCGUGGACGCCGCUCUCUCCCAGUACCUUUCAAUCGUUCGAUUCGGUACUGACUCCGGAUCGGAUUGGCAAACUGCGAGAAUACGUGAUCAGACACCCAAUGGCACCUAUACAGAAUAUCAUCAGGCGAGGGCAAGACAUUCGCGAAGAGGAGCGUGAAAAGCGAUACCAGGAGAUUGUUUUAAGUAAGAAGAAAAAGGAUCCAAACGAUACCAGGCGCAAGGAGCGCGAGGCUGUCAAGCAGGCAGAGGCCUUGGGAAAGCAAACAGAGCUUCAGCAACAGCUCCUCGAUUUGCCUCGCAAGCCUCAGACGGUAUAUUCCUACGAAAUUAAGAAAGACUUGGAUAGCGGGAAUAUCAAGCUGGUCCAGCGCAAGGUUCUAGGGCAGCAUACCCCGUCUCCCCUGGAGGGAUGGCGGUUGGGUAACUCUACGUCUACGAAGCUUGAUUACAUUUUGAAAGAGGUGCUGCAACACUCGCCCUCAGAGAAAUUUCUCAUAUUCUCUAAAUCUGCUCUCUCGCUCGCAUACGUAGCAGAAGGCCUGCAGCUCAUUCGCGUCAAAUACCUGCAAUUCACAUCGCAAGUGAACGCAAAAGAGCGCCAACAGCGAGUCAUCACCUUCGAAACCUCAGAUUUGUACAGAGUCUUCCUUAUGGAGCUCAAGCACGGUGCGCGUGGCCUUAAUCUAGUGUCAGCAUCGAGGGUGAUUUUCUGCGAGCCCGUGUGGCAGGCCGAUGUUGAGACGCAAGCUAUCAAGCGUGUGCACCGUAUCGGGCAGACCAGGCCUGUCAUCGUGAAAACGUUGGCCAUAAGGUCCACGUCCGAAGAGAUGAUGGUAUCGCGUCGCGAGGCCCUCAAAGGCAACGGUGGAAAGCAGCCAAACUUUACGGACGACUGGCGCAUACGCGAUUUCAUAGCCAAUCCCAAGUUCCUUUCCGAGUCAUCGCACCCAAGGCUCAAUAUUGAUUUUCCCCUGUUCCCCGGCAGUCACCACGAUGAGGAUGAGGAAAGCGAAUCGAGUGAUUCAAUGGCAAUAGCUCAGAAUGAGUCAUUGAGCACCCAGCUCCCUUCAGAUCCCACACCAACAGAACCACCCCAGAAGAAGAGGCGAGUUGUCAGGUUUGCUGAUGACGCGUAA